GAAUUAGUCAGCGCAGGCCACUCGCUACGAGCUGUAGUUUUUAGUGUUUUAAUAAUAGUAAACGACACUAGCGUAAACUCAUUUAAGAAUGCUACAUCGUACUUGUCUAUAAAGUUGAAAUUUCAAUACAAUACAAUUUGUAAAUAAGUUAUAAAAUAUCAAGUGUUAAUAAUUUUAUUUGAUUAAAUAAAUAAUAAAGGGAAAAAAAGUAUUUGAUGAUUAAUGUUGUACCUGACGUCAAAAACAUCUGAACAACUUCAGAUAGAUCUAGUUAUUUAGUAUCGUUAUCUGUUUUCGGCGCUAUUUUUAACUUGAAUCAACUCAUCGUAUGAAGGAAUUCAGUUGAGUAACGUACUUCGUUCGGACAACAGUGAAAUAGUGUUGUAUUUUAUAUUGUAUUGUAUAAGAAAAUAAAAUCAAAACAAGUGCAAUAAAAAUGAAUACUGGAGAGUAUAAUGACCCCAAGGGGCAGGGCAUGCCACCACCGUACACAGACACACCUCAGUCUCCCCCCACAGCUCCUCUAUACCCCCCUCUGCAGCCUGGAGGAAUAGAACUCCAACAACAGCAACACCAACAUGGACAGGCCACUGUAAUCCCAGUUUUGGUGGGGACACGCCCAAUGGGUCCCAAACCGAGUACAUUGACCUGUCCAUCGUGUAAUGCUGAGAUAACAACAAGAGUGCAGUAUAUGAGUUCUACUAAAACCCAUCUGUUUGCUCUUGGACUUUGUUUAUUGUUCUGGCCCUGCGCAUGCCUACCAUACUGCAUCGACAGCUGUCAAAAUGCUGACCACUACUGUCCAAACUGCAAUUCUUUCCUCGGCAGCUACAGCAACUAAAAUCAACCCGAAUAUACAUUAUGAUCUACCCUAUCAUUAUAUUAGUUAUGGCUUACUCACGUAAUUGUACGAGGUAUUACGAGUAGUUUCAAGCCACACUUGGAGCUCAUGGUUAUGAGCAGCAUUUGCGACGACUAUAUCACAAUGAUACAAGUUUUUAAAUAGUGCCACCACAGUGCUAUUAAUUAAAUAUACAUUAUAAAAUGUUAUCCUUAUGAAUGUGGUAUAAACAUUUGUUCAAUAUAUUACAAAUGGUCCUGCAAGGUGACCUUUUAAAUGCCAAUUCUUAGUUUUUUAUACAAAGUCUUGUCAGACGUAUACCUACACUAUGAAUUCAUGAAUAUCAAUUAAUACUAUGAAUACGUUUACUUUAUUAUAAAAUGUAGGAAAGAAGGAAAAUUCACAGAAACAUACAUACAAUCAUGGAAUAUUUUAUGUUGAGGGACUGUGUCAAUGUUAGUUAUUAUUUUUCUUUUAAUACAUUUUCAUUGCAUUUUCAUUCAUAUGUAUAUAUACUUUAAACUGAAUAUACUUUACGUAGCCAGAUGGUUAAGAAGUGCCUUUUGCAGAUAAUAUGAGAUUGACGCUAAAGUCUAAAAGAACGUGUGAUAUAUUCUAGUUUGUCUACGCCACCAUCGCUAGCCUUGGCCUGUCUGCUUGAGACCUAAAAAUAAAUGAGAAGGUCGCCUGCAGAUUUAAAAA